AUGCCUCCUCCCUCCUCUUCCGAGAGACGAGGUCACAAAACCAGUUCCACCCGCAAGCAGCGGAGCCCAUACAGAGAAUCGCCUUCUUCUCGCCGAAGCCGCCGCCCCUCCGACCCGGAAGCUGGCGCCUCCUUCUUCACCUCGUACUCCCACUCCCCCUCGAGACGCCCGUCGCACCAUGAACGCGGGAAAUCGGCCUCUUCCUACGCCGAAACGAUAACCGCCUCGCCAGCCGUCAACUCCGAGAGCGCACCUCUGUCCGGCACCACCCGCCGCGGCAGCCACUCGAGACACGGCAGCACCGACAAGACGCCCGCCAACGGCACCCUCGGCCGCAACAGGAGCCUCAGCCGCCCGGACCGGCGGGAGCUCGACAAGGACCGCCGCGACUACCGCUACCACAAGCCAUCGGCCAACAUGUCCGUCCUGACCUCGCCCACCGGCGACGACCCCGUCGACCACAUCACCGACGGCUCCACCGACCACUCGCGCUCCAACUCCCACGCCAACGGCUACGAAGACGGCUCGCCUCCCCGCCGGAGCCGCCGCCGCAGCCGCGACGCCGAUGAUCUCGAGAAGAACCGGGCCGGCCUGUCCGAGCCCAAGCCCUCCAGGUCGGCCAAGGUCACCAAGAACCGCAGGCGCCGUUCCUCAGGCGCCCGCAAGGAGGCCAAGGACAAGCAGAAGGAGGUGCUCCGCCCUCCCAGCUUCUGGAACGUCUACUGCGCCAUCAUCACCUUCUGGUGCCCCGACUUCAUCCUCAGGUGCUUCGGCAAGCCCACCAAGGCCCAGCGCAGGGCCUGGCGCGAGAAGAUGGGCCUCCUGAGCAUCAUCCUGCUCAUCAUGACGGCCAUCGGCUUCAUCACCUUCGGCUUCACCCAGGUCGUCUGCGGCACGCCCCCCACCCGCCUCAGGAUCAACGAGGUCUCCCCCGGCUACAUGAUCUUCCACGGCGUCGGCUACGACCUCGUCAAGUCGCACCACCCGCCCGCCGAGGGCAUGCCGCUCCGCUCCGACGGCUACGGCCCCAACGUUCUGUACGACCUGCCCACCCACUACGGCGGCAUGGACGGCAGCUUCCUCUUCCAGAACGUCAACGGCGCCUGCAAGGGCCUCAUCACCCUGGCCGACGGCUCCGACGUGCCCACCAACGACGACGACGACCUGGCCUGGUACUUCCCCUGCAAGGCCUUCAACCAGGACGGGUCGAGCGAGGUGAACCUGACGACCGAGUACUACCUGGGCUACGCCUGCCACACCACGCUCGAGUCGCGCAACGCCUUCUACCUCGACCUCAGCGGCCGCGCCGACGUCUACUUCACCUGGGACGACAUCGCCAACUCGACGCGCAACCUGAUGGUCUACUCGUCGAGCGUCCUGGACCUGGACCUGCUCAACUGGUUCAACGAGUCGCAGGUGGCCAUCCCCGACCGCUUCAAGGAGCUGCGCGACCGCAACACCGACCUCAACGCCGCCGUCCACGGCCGCGACGUCACCCGCAUCUUCCAGUCGGCCGAGGACAGGAAGAUGGCCCGCUGCUUCGAGGAGAUCAUCAAGGUCGGCUCCGUCGACACCGAGACCAUCGGCUGCAUCGCCUCCAAGGUGGUGCUGUACUGCGCCCUCGUCGUCAUCCUCGGCCUCGUCGGCGCCCGCUUCGUGCUCGCCGUCCUCUUCCAGUGGUUCAUCAGCCCGCGCUACGCCGCCAAGAAGACGUCGCAGAGCUCCGACGCCCGCAAGCGCAACCGCCAGAUCGAGGACUGGUCCGAGGACAUCUACCGCGCCCCCGACCGCCUGCCCGGCGACCCCGGCAGCACCGUCGUCAGCUCCGACCGCACCAAGCGCUCCUCCAUCCUGCCCACCACCUCGCGCUUCUCCAACGUCUACGGCGUCGACCCGCCCGCCCGCCGCGGCCCCACCACCAUGGGCAACCAGGCCGCCCAGCAGCUCGGCUCGCCCAUGUACCGCCAGGGCAACGACGACAGCCGCGCCAGCUUCCUCCAGACGGACCCCUACGCCACCCCGUCGUCGGGCCAACCCCCGGCCCCCCUCGACGGCCCCGGCCCGGCCGGCUUCAUCCACCCGGCCGUGGUGCCCCAGCCCCCGGCCGACUGGCAGCCGUACGGGUACCCGCUCGCGCACACCAUGAUCCUCGUCACCGCCUACUCGGAGGGCGAGGAGGGCAUGCGCACCACGCUCGACUCGCUCGCCACGACGGACUACCCCAACAGCCACAAGGUCAUCGUCGUCAUCUGCGACGGCAUCAUCAAGGGGGCCGGCGAGACGCAGUCGACGCCCGACAUGUGCGUCGGCAUGCUCAGGGACAACACGACGCCGCCCGACCUGGUGGAGCCCUUCUCGUACGUGGCCGUGGCCAGCGGGUCCAAGCGCCACAACAUGGCCAAGGUGCACAGCGGCUUCUACGACUACGGCCGGUCGUCCAAGAUACCGGUGGAGAAGCAGCAGCGCGUGCCCAUGGUGGUCAUCGUCAAGUGCGGCACGCCCAACGAGGCGACCAAGGCCAAGCCGGGCAACCGCGGCAAGCGCGACACGCAGAUCAUCCUGAUGUCCUUCCUGCAGAAGGUCAUGUUUGACGAGCGCAUGACGGAGCUCGAGUACGAGAUCUUCAACGGGCUGUGGAAGGUGACGGGCAUCUCGCCCGACUUCUACGAGGCCCUGCUCAUGGUGGACGCCGACACCAAGGUGUUCCCCGACUCGCUCACGCACAUGGUGUCGGCCAUGGUCAAGGACCCGCAGAUCAUGGGGCUGUGCGGCGAGACCAAGAUCGCCAACAAGCGGGCCAGCUGGGUGACGGCCAUCCAGGUCUUCGAGUACUUCGUGUCGCACCACCUGGCCAAGGCCUUCGAGUCGGUCUUUGGCGGCGUGACGUGCCUGCCCGGCUGCUUCUGCAUGUACCGCAUCAAGGCGCCCAAGGGCGGGCAGAACUACUGGGUGCCCAUCAUCGCCAACCCGGACGUGGUGGAGCACUACAGCGAGAACGUGGUGGAGACGCUGCACGAGAAGAACCUGUACCUGCUGGGCGAGGACCGCUUCCUGUCGACGCUCAUGCUGCGCACCUUUCCCAAGCGCAAGCAGAUCUUCGUGCCGCAGGCCGUGUGCAAGACGAUGGCGCCCGACGAGUUCAAGGUCCUGCUCUCGCAGAGGCGUCGCUGGAUCAACUCGACCAUCCACAACCUCAUGGAGCUCGUGCUCGUCAGGGAUCUCUGCGGCACCUUUUGCUUCAGACUGAUCCUCGGUCUCCCCGGAGUGCUCAUCGUCGUGACGGCCCACAAGCUGUCCUACGUCAUCUGGAUGAUGAUCUACCUGAUGGCCCUGCCCAUCUGGAACUUUGUGCUGCCCACCUACGCCUUCUGGAAGUUUGACGACUUCUCGUGGGGCGAGACGCGCAAGACGGACGGCGAGAAGAAGACGAAGAAGGCCGGCCUGGAGUACCAGGGAGAGUUUGACAGCUCCAAGAUCACCAUGAAGCGCUGGGCGGAGUUUGAGAGGGAGAGGAGGUCCCGCUACGGGUACGGUUACCCUGAAGGAGCGUCGGGUUCCGCCAGCAGGGAGAAUCUCACCGGUACGGGCGCCCAGUCUUGGGCUCCCCAGGUUCCACCGCCUGCUAAUCACCCCUUCUACGAUUCGGAUUAUUAG